GCAUGAUCUGAUCUUGAUCCGAUCCGAUAUGAAUUGGCGGGAUUGAAUUCUUUGCAGCAUCACUCGCAGAUUCCAACCAGCUAGUCAAUAUGCCAAGCUCAUGUAAAGAGAUAAGAGCCGCACUAGCGGAAUGCCUACAGGAAUCCGAGUGCGUGAUGGUACAACGACAUACUGCGGCUGAAUGUCUACGAUCACCUCUAUCCGAGACGCUCCCGACGAAAUGCCAACAAUUAAAGAAAGGUUUUGGUGAAUGUAGGAGGGGUAUGAUCGAUAUGCGCAAACGAUUCCGCGGAAACCAACCUAUCACUUUCAAGAGUCUCGAGACGACCGAAAAAUCGGGUGAGGGGUACCAAUUAUACGCUGGCAAAUCCGCCUUCGCCGGUGCCGUCCGGAAGACGGAUGGAAACGAACCGGAGCCUCAAGAUUGGCGAGAACUAGAAAAUGAAAAAUACCGGAAAGAACAGGAAGCGCAAAAGAAAUGACCCGGACGAGACCUAAUCGUGUUACAUAAGAAAAAACUUACCAUCCAUGAACAUAUCACACAAUAAGCAUUGGGCGGCGUUGAGGGUUAGAUAGGCAUUUUCAAGCGUCUCUUCCCACGUAGAGCUAAUUUCUCGGAUGAUUCUUAGGCAUGGCUGGCAAUAGUCGACUCUACUCAAACACAAAUAUUAUACCCUAUAGAACACUCUGUCACAACCUCUGUUGAACUACCGCCGAUUUCGAGACCCGGUAUCCCCACCUCAAUACAAAGAUGUCAAGUGCAGUGUCUCAAUCAAAAACGUCACA